AUGAAAAGAGCUAUAACAUCUUCCUCGAAAGUAGGGGCUUACAAACGUUCUAAGUUGGACAUAGAGCAUGACUUUGAACAAUAUUACUCGGUAAACAAGAACUACUAUCCAAAUCCUAUUACUAGGAAGGGCGCAAAUCAAUUUAACAAUAAAUCCAGGACUAAACCGAUAGAAAUCCUCGAAGAACUGCAGAAAAAGCAGGAAACGUCAUUUGAGGAUGUCAGCACUCUUGUGCAUUGGUUUAGGAAUGAUUUACGUUUGUAUGAUAAUAUAGGACUAUUCAAAAGUAUAGAGUUAUUCCAGCAAUUGAAGGUAAAAAACGAAAAUGCCAAACUGUACGCGGUUUACAUUAUCAAUGAACAUGACUGGAGGGCUCAUAUGGAUAGUGGGUGGAAAUUGAAGUUUACCUUGGAGGCAUUAAAGAGUUUAGAGAAAUCUCUUGCAGAGCUACAUAUACCUCUAUUUGUAUGGGAAUUCUACACAACUGAAGGAACUAUAUCUAACUCAAAAAAAUUCGUUGAAUAUUUCAGAGAAAAAUGUUUGAACUUGAGCUCUGGAAAAUCUAUGAUAAUCACUGCUAAUAUUGAAUAUCAAACAGAUGAACUAUAUCGUGAUAUUAGGUUGUUAGAGAGGGAAGACCAAAGACUACAACUAAAAUUUUAUCAUGACUCCUGUGUAGUUGCUCCCGGUUUACUUACCACAGGAAAAGGUACUAAUUAUUCCGUUUUCACUCCAUGGUAUAAGAAAUGGGUUUCUUAUGUAAACAAUCACAGGAAAACUAGCUCUGAAAUCUGUCAUAUCCACAAAAUUGAACCAUUGAAGUACAACAAAGUGUUUAAACUGCAACCGUUCCAGUAUUCCUUACCGGAUGAAUUCGUUCAGUAUAUACCCAAGUCGAAAUGGCACUUGCCAGAAGUUUCGGAGAAGGUAGCUUUAUCUAAAUUGAAUGAUUUUUUAAAGAUAAAAGGUUCCAAGUAUAACAACGAAAAGGAUAUGCUUUUUUUGGGUGGCACUUCUGGACUAAGCUCUUAUAUAACUACUGGUGUACUUAGUACAAGAGUGGUAGUUAAUAAAUCCGUUCAAGCUUGCAACGGACAGAUUAUAUCGAAAGGGCUCAAAGAUAAUACCUCCACCCAGAAUUUUAUCAAAGAAGUUGCGUGGAGGGAUUUUUACAGACACUGCAUGUGCAAUUGGCCGUAUACGUCUAUGGGGAUUCCUUAUCGAUUAGACACUCUCGAUAUAAAGUGGGAAAAUGAUCCUGUGGCGUUUAGGAGAUGGUGUAUCGGUAAUACGGGCAUUCCUAUUGUGGACGCUAUAAUGAGAAAACUAUUAUACACAGGUUAUAUCAAUAAUAGAUCUAGAAUGAUCACAGCCUCUUUUCUUUCCAAAAACUUAUUAAUUGAUUGGAGAUGGGGUGAGCGCUGGUUUAUGAAGCACCUAGUAGAUGGUGAUUCAUCGUCAAAUACAGGUGGUUGGGGAUUUUGUUCUAGCACUGGAAUUGACGCUCAACCAUAUUUCAGAGUGUUUAAUAUGGAUAUACAAACAAAAAAAUAUGACCCAGAGAUGAAAUUCAUCAAGGAAUGGGUUCCCGAAUUACGCUUACCGGAGAGUCAACGUUCAACCAAUUAUCCUGAACCUUUAGUUGAUUUAAAACAAAGCAGAGACCGAGCUCUGGAAGUUUAUAGAAGUUCAUUGUGA